AUGUUCUCCAAAAAGAUUAUCGUUUGUUUUGUUCUGUUUUCCUAUUACUGCUAUGCCCAUGAACGUUCUUGUCAGCAGUAUACUGAAUCUUUUGAUUCUCUUUUCUACAACCGCGUUCUGAUCGGCCAGGUGAUCAAGUCGUUGUUCACUCGUGGUGGAAUUCUCUCCUGUGCUCACAGAUGCUUGUCUCUUCCGUCAUGUUCAUCAUACAAUUACCAAAUGUCAGAGUCCGACUAUGGCAUUUGUGAAUUAAACGGCGGAAAAGAGGGCGAUCAGGAAAACUUGGUGGAAAGAGCUGGUUAUGUUUUCGCACGGCGAAGAAAGGCACCACGUAGCUGCAAAGAGGCAAGGCAGCGGACCAUUAACCCUCUAUCAGGCUUUUUCUGUAUCCAAGACAACAACGGUGAUAUGUUUAAAGUCUACUGCGACUUCACCUCAGAACCCGGUUGGGCCUGGACACUAGUUAUGUCAGAAAGCUUACGGAACGUUGGCAAACCUUUUACCCGACAGGCUUUGUUUGCAAAUGAGCCAAUGAGCCCAGAGGUUCCCAACUGGGAGGCGUACAGGCUUCAAUUAGAUCGCAUGAAAGGAUUGAGAUCUAAGUCAACAUACUGGCGAAUAACUUGCAGCUUCGAUCCUGCGAGCGUUGUCGACUAUAGAGAUUACGUUCGAGAAAAGUUUAAAAACUUCGACUUGUUGACUUAUGAGGGUUAUAAAACUUGUGAACACGUCGAUUACAUCAAUGUCCAUGGACACAGCUGUGAAAAGUGCACCGCGGUUUGGUAUCAAUCCGAUGGGUCCAUUUUAGUCCACCGAAGCUAUCAAAAGCAUUGCGAAUUUGGUAGAGCACCAGGGUCCAUUCAAGAUAAUGACAGGUAUAGCAAGCAAAAUUUUAGUCGGUAUGAAGUGUACAAUCCUAACUUCCGGUGUACAUCAAGUAGCUCUGCCACAACCAAUUAUUGGUUUGGUUUAAGACCACCUUUUCACUGA